AUGGUUCCUUGGGUUUGUAUCUUGACUAUCUUCUCUUCUUUUUUCUGCUUCAAAUCAAGUGCUGAGCUCAUAACUUCUCUUCCUGGACAACCUCCAAAUAUUUUCUUCAAACAAUACUCUGGUUAUAUUGUUACCAAUGCUCAACAUGGCAGAGCCCUAUUUUAUUACUUUGUUGAUGCAGAUUCAGAAAAUGCAGCAUCACUUCCCCUUACUGUGUGGCUCAAUGGAGGCCCUGGUUAUUCAUCUGUGGGUUUUGGUGCUUUUAUGGAGCAUGGUCCAUUUCAGCCAAGGAUUGAUGGAAGCCUAAUAAAAAACAA